GCAGGGAAGCCACGUCCGGGGCGGGGCCAGGUGGGUCGCAAGCUGAGCCGAGCCCAGGUGAGGCACCGGCGGAGCUGUAGUCAGGGCGUUGGAAGGACCCCAUGCCCGGAUCCUCAGGAGGUGGCAUCCCCACGGUGUCUCCGGGCCGCCCUGCCCCCCAGCAGAGCAUGUCUGGGCUGGGGUUGAAGGAUCUGGCCGAAGUAGAGCUGCAGAGAGAUGAGGGGGAGGUCACCGCACUGGGUGCCACGAGAAGGCCCUCAGUGGCUCCCAUGGCUGGCCCGGACCCUGUGCUGAGCAUGAAUCACCCCUUCUAUGACGUGGCCCGACACGGCAUCCUGCAGGUGGCAGGGGAGGACCGCCUCGGAAGACAAGUCAUCACACUCUGCUGCUGCCAGAUGCCCCCAACCCGCGAGCUCAACCACAGGCGGCUGCUCAGGUAUUCGAAGUACACGCUGGACCAGUACGUGGAGAGCGAUUACACCAUCAUCCACUUCCACUAUGGGCUGAACAGCCAGAACAAGCCAUCCCUGGGCUGGCUCCAGAGCGCCUACAAAGAGUUUGACAGGAGGGGGAGCCGGUGCCCGCAGUUCAGCCUCCCGUGGGCUCUGGGCUCCAGCGGGUCUGAGAUAAGACAGCUGUUUUGGUUAUUCACAAGUUUGGGAAAAAAAGUCACCUAUUUCAACUAUCUGAGUGAGCUACUUGAACACCUCAGAUAAGACCAGCUGAUCAUCCCUCCCGGAGGCUCUGCACUGUGCUCCCUCUGUGUCCACAGAUACGAUGAAGAGCUUCGGAACCUGCACACGAGCAGGCUGCCCCCUCCCACAAAGACGGCCCUGCAGCGGCCCCCUCUGCCCACCCAGCAGUUUGGCGUCAGUCUGCGAUACCUCAAAGACAAAAAUCAAGGUGAACACCCCCCUGUGCUGAGGUACACAGUGACAUACCUGAGAGAGAAAGGAAUCCACACCGAGGGCCUGUUCUGGAGAUUGGCCAGUGUCCAGACCAUCUGCGAGAUCCAGCGGCUCUACAACCAAGGGAAGCCUGUGAACUUUGACGACUAUGGCGACAUCUACAUCCCUGCUGUGAUCCUGAAGACCUUCCUGUGUGAGCUGCCCCAGCCUCUGCUGACCUUCGAGGCCUACGAGCAGAUUCUCGGGAUCACCAGUGUGGAGAGCAGCCUGCGAGUGACCCGCUGCCGCCCAAUUCUGCAGAGCCUUCCAGAACACAGCUACGCCGACCUCAGCUACUUCAUGGGCUUCCUGCACGAGGUAUCCCAGGAGUGCAUUUUUAACAAACUGAGCAGCUCCCACCUGGCCUGUGUCUUCGGGCUGAAUCUGAUCUGGACGUCCCAGGGGGCAGCCUCGCUGAGUGCCCUCGUGUCCCUCAACCUGUUCACUGAACUGCUGAUCGAGUACUAUGGGAAGGUCUUCAGCGGCCAGGAGGUGCGCGGGGCCCAGGUGGGCGAGCUGGGCAGUCCCUGCGCCAGGGGCUCUGCCCCAGAUGAACGCCCCAGAGACAGACCCACCACGGGCCUCGCCAGGCCCCCCAUGCCUCAGCGUCCCCUGACCGCGGCCGGGAGACUCCUCUAA